UGUUAGAAAAUGAAAGAAACUUACAGGCUUCAAGAUAAUGAGCUGUAUGUACAAUGGUAGAUUGCAUAUAAUAGUCAAAAAUGGACAAAGAAAAAGCAAAGCAUGACAGUAAAGAAAAGCAAUGAAGCUUAUGUUUCAAACUUUGGGUUAAUAUUGUUUGAUUAGAAUAUCAUCAUUACAUUAUAAAAAAAGCGAACAUGCAAAAAGGGCAGAAAAGAAGCAACGGCUAUGCAUUACUUUAACGCGUGCUCUAGGAGAUUCAUUUAUAUUUAUCUUCUUGGGGACUGUCAAGCCUCGAUUUGCAGUCCAGGGAUCAGGCCCCAGAAGCAAAAGAAUGAGUGGGUCUGCUGCAGCAGUUGAAGCUAGCGUGUUACAUAUAAGUUCAAGCAACUCUCAGCUUGUUCAGCGGGUAAAGGCAUCAAUGGAGCCAACGAAUGUGGAUUGUUCUGCAGAAAGGAAGAAGUCACUCCGAGCCAGAUACUUUUAUGGCUUGAUCUUCUUCAUAAUUAAUCUUACUGCCUGGUUCAUUCGCGAUUAUGGACAAAGUGUCUUACCCCGACUGUACUAUAGAAAAGCUUGUGGAGUCAGUGGAAGUGAUUGUUUUCACACAAUGGGAGUUCUCCGUGUGAGCUUAGGAUGUUUUAUAUUUUUCUUUCUCAUGUUUCUUACCACAUUUAGUACAAGAAAAUUAUUUGAAACUUGCAGUAAAUGGCACUCAGGAUGGUGGGCGUUGAAGUUUGUCCUAUUGGUUGUAUCAAUUGUGGUUCCAUUCUUCCUCCCUCCAGAUUUUAUUCACAUAUAUGGAGAAGUUGCUCGCAUUGGUGCAGGGAUUUUUCUCCUUCUGCAACUUAUAAGCGUGAUUGAGUUUAUUGGAUGGUGGAAUAACAACUGGGCACCUGAUGAGCAAAGGAAACAAAGCUGCUUCUUUGCAUUAUUUACCUCAACAGUUUUUUAUGUUGCUUCAAUCUGUGGAAUUGUGUCUAUGUACUAUUUUUAUGCCCCAAGACCAGCAUGUUCUCUCAACAUAUUCUUCAUUACAUGGACUUCCAUUCUGCUCAUAGUGAUGAUGGCUAUGUCCUUGCAUUCAAAGGUUAAUAGAGGUCUUUUGUCUUCAGGAAUUAUGGCUUCUUAUGUUGUUUUCCUCUGUUGGUCUGCUAUUAGAAGUGAACCAGCUGAUGAAAAAUGCAAACUAGAAAAGCCAAAGGAUGGACAUGGUGAUUGGACCGCCAUACUUGGGUUCCUGAUUGCAAUAGGUGCCAUUGUCAUGGCAACCUUUUCAACAGGGAUUGAUUCAAAAUCAUUUCAGUUUCGCAAAGAUGAGGUGAAACUAGAGGAUGAUAUCCGUUAUAACUAUGGAUUUUUCCACAUGAUAUUCUCCUUGGGGGCCAUGUAUUUUGCAAUGUUAUUCAUCAGUUGGAACCUGGAAAAUUCAGCAAGGAAAUGGAGCAUUGAUGUUGGCUGGACAAGUACAUGGGUGAAAAUCAUCAAUGAGUGGUUUGCAGCCACGAUAUACAUGUGGAAGUUGAUAGCCCCCGUUGUGAAGCAACCCAGGGUCAUCAACCAUGAGGAGUCUGUGCAGCAGAUAAAUGAUUCAACCUUGCCGUGA